UGUUUCCAAAAUACUUUGUAUCGAUAAUCACUGGAUCUAAGAAGGAUCAUUUCUCUGCUUAGCUUUAAAAUUUAAACGAGAUACAUUUAUACGCCUUGCAUAUUUGUGUAAUAAAGUAUAGAUUACGUUAUAUAUACCGUUUUUAAAUACAAUCAGACAUAGAUACACACAAAUUGUGUAUUUUGCAAACAGACAUAAAACGAUAAUGUCUUUUCACUUAGUUGAUUUAUCAGAAACGGAUAUGUUUGUACCUGAAGGUGAAGAACUUGCUGAACGUUUACAAAAUGGACUUGAGCAACAUUUCGAAGAAGCCACAGUUGAAUGGGUCGAUUGUCCGGAUCUGACUCAAGAACCUUUUUGUCUUACGUCAUCAGGAUUAUGUGGUGAUGAAAUACUUUUGGAAAUUGGUGGUAUGUCGCAACUGUUUCCACGUCCGCAGGGAAUGUUUAAUUAUUAUUUCAGCGAUAUCUUAAAAGAAAUAUAUUCUAGCCACACUAAUGCUUUAAUAAUCGGAGCUGGUAUUGGUAUGCGACGAAACAUGAAACAAUUAAACGAGUUGUUCGUAAACGCGUCAUUUUGUCGCUCACGAGUAUCUGUAGAAUCAUUCUUCUUCAACAACCGAAGCCGAUUGGCAUAUCUAGAUGAAGAAACGGGAGAAUAUGCAAUAAAUUUAAUAACGGAUGAGAACGAACUUUCUUGCUAUCCACAUGGCAACUUUUUCAUCAGCGAAGGGAAACCGGGAAAAGUUCUUAAAGUGCAGGCUAAGAAUUGUAUUGGCUCUUACUUUUUAACAGCAAUGCAGGAUGCCCUUUAUGGAUACUCUCGUGAUAUGACUAAAUUUGUAGGUUUAGGUGGUACAUUCGUGAUGAAAAGUGGAACAGCCUUAGCUCAUAUCAUACCAUCUUCUUGGAAUGAUGAAUUAAAAACAGCAAAAGAUAUUAACAAUUGGCUUCAUUAUUGUCACCUGGAAGCACCUGUAAUAGCAGUCGGAACGCUUAUUAACGAUAGCUCGUAUUAUGAAAAAUCUUGUGAAAAUGCUGGUGAAAAUGCAUAUGGACUUACUCAAAGUCAUUUCCACGUCUACUCCAUGUUUGCCAUGUCUUUUCCUGGGAAAGGUGGACAUUUUCACAGGGAAAUUGAACCGAAGAGUGAAGUAGAGUAUUUAGGAUAUUUUAAGCCUGCGAAAAUGUUUUAUCACAUAAAUUCGCAACCCAGAUUCGAUGGACUGCAAGACUUUACCAAUAUCAUGUCAUACUGAUGAUCAAUAGACACUGUUUAAAUUCGAUUUUAAUUAGAACAUUAAUGGUAAUGCGAUUUAUGUGUUGUUUUAAAAAUAUUUGAAAAUAUAAUUUAUCCUUUUUCUUAUAAUAUCCCAUGUAUCCUUUUUUAUACUUUAUUAUUAAUCCUUAGUUUUAUUUCUUUUAAUGUAACAAAAAAUAGACAUUGUGUAUUUGUAGCUAUAGCUUAAUAAAAUUCCAGUUCUUACAUUAAAUUUAAAAUGAUGCGAGAUUAAAUAUAAAAUAUUUGUAUAUCCAUUUAAAUGAAAUUACUAUUAAAUUAAACUUUUUAUUAUAUCACUUUUCCUUUCUCGAGGAUUCAACAAAAUAUGUUAGAAAUAUGCUUAUAUUUGACUAUGUGACUCAGUAUAGUAAAAAAUAUUUCAAUCUAUCAUUAAUAAUAUUAUACAUGUUAAGACUUCCAACAUUAU